AUGACUCGUACCCCCGAAGAAGAAUAUGUGCAGCUGGUCGCUCGCAAGAAUAUCACCGAACAAGAGUACCUCGCUGUCUUCGACAAGCUUAAGCCCGUCCCAGCCGAGAAGUUCAUUGGAAGUUGGAAGGGCGCCAAUGUCAACACCAACCACCCGACCGAGGAGAUGCUUACCGAGAUGAAAUGGGCCGGAAAGGAUUUCCGAUCUACCGAAAACGUUGACCCGAUCAUGGUCCUCAAUGACAAAGAUGAGCGAGUGUGGAAUGAAAAUUGGGGUCACGCACGCCUUCGCCAGAUCGAGUGGCGUGGAAUUUUGUCCACUGCGAUGGUUUAUGAUGAUCAUCCGAUUAUUGAUUACUUCCGCUACGUCAACAAUAAUUUAUUGGCUGGUGCUAUGGAUGCUAAGAAGCACGCGAAGGAGGGAACUUACUGUUUCUGCUUGCAUAAAUAA